AUGGAAAAGAUAGCUCAUACAUCUAGAGAGAGUGACAUGAUUAAUUUGAUAGAGAUAAUAUCCAAUAUGUCAAACUACAUUAUAUUUAGAUGUUCACUUGGCGAUAAUUUUAACAAAGAUUACGCACACAAAUUUAUUGGGUUAGUAAAGAAUACGAUUAAGUUGAUGGAGUCAACUUUCAGCUUUGGAGAUUACUUUCCAUGGCUGAAGUGGAUGGAUACUGUCACUGGAUUAGAAGGGAAGCUUAGAAGAAUCUUUGAAGAGAUAGAUACUUUCUUCAAUCAGGUCAUUGAUGGUCAUCUCUUAUCUCAUAAUUCAAAUGCAAAACACGAUGAUCCCGACAAAGUCGAAGAUAAGAGAAACUUCAUAGAUCUACUUAUUCUUCAUGCUGAAAAAGAACCAAACCUCAAUCUCACUCGAGAUGAUAUCAAAGGAAUAAUAAUGGACAUGUUUGUUGCUGGAAGCGAUACCUCAUCAACUCUCAUUGAGUGGACAAUGGCAGAGCUUAUAAAGAAUCCGAAUGUGAUGAAGAAAGCAUAG